AUGGCACCACCUCAUCCAUUGGACCCGUCGACUGGCUCAAACUACCGGGAGAUCACCGUUUCCCAUUAUUCCCUUAAAUGGGAGGUUGAUUUUGACAAAUCGGCAAUUCGCGGAAGCGUCGACAUCGAUUUGAAGGUCAAGGAAGCGACGAGCAAAAUUGUGCUCGAUAUUCGAGAUUUGUCAAUUUCCACAGUGAGCAUUGGUGGAAACGCUCAAAAAUUCACCAUCGAGGAUAACGAGGCUCUCGGGCAAAAAUUGAACAUCUCAACGGACGCGUUGAAUCCGGGAGAUCAAGUAAAGGUCACCAUCAACUACGAGACCGGCAAAAAUGCGGCCGCUUUGCAAUUUCUCACAAAAGAGCAAACUACCGAUAAGAAGGCACCGUACCUCUUCUCUCAAUGUCAGGCAAUCAAUGCUCGCUCGAUCGUCCCUUGUAUGGAUACGCCAUCCGUCAAAUCAACUUAUGAAGCUAAGGUCACCGUGCCUCGCGAUUUGACUUGCUUGAUGUCGGCGAUCGGCGGCAGCUCGCAAAGAGUCGGCGACAAGGCGUUCUUCAAUUUCAAGCAGCCCGUCCCGAUUCCCGCCUACCUGCUGGCAAUCGUCGUCGGCCAUCUCGAGCAGAAGACGAUCAGCGAUCGGUGUUCGGUGUGGGCGGAGCCGUCGCAAGCCGAACUCGCUUCUUUCGAGUUCGCCGAGACCGAGAAGAUUCUGAAAAUCGCUGAAGACCUCGCCGGACCCUAUGUGUGGGGCAGAUACGAUCUCGUCGUGCUUCCGUCGACGUUCCCAUUCGGUGGAAUGGAGAAUCCGUGUUUGACGUUCGUCACGCCGACCCUCUUGGCUGGCGAUCGCUCAUUGGUCAACGUGAUUGCGCAUGAAAUAUCGCACAGCUGGACGGGAAAUUUGGUCACCAACUUCUCAUGGGAGCAUUUUUGGCUUAAUGAGGGUUUUACGGUGUUCCUUGAGCGAAAAAUUCACGGACGAAUGUACAGCGAGAAAGAGCGGCAAUUUGAAAGCGAAAGCGGAUAUGAAACGCUUGUCCAAACUGUCAAUGAGGUUUGGGGUGCCGAUCACGAAUACACGAAGUUGAUCCAAAAUUUGGGAUCGGCUGAUCCGGAUGAGGCAUUCAGCUCGAUUCCCUAUGAAAAAGGAUCGGCAUUCUUGCUCACCAUCGAGCAACAAUUGGGAGAUAAUUCGAGAUUCGAGCAAUUUUUGAGGGAGUAUAUCAAAACAUUUUCGUACAAAUCAGUGUCGACCGAGGAAUGGAAAGAAGCUCUUUAUGGGUUUUUCACCGAUAAGAGGCAAAUUUUGGAUCAAGUCGAUUGGAAAUUGUGGUUGAAUCAGCCAGGAAUCCCGCCGAAGCCGCAAUAUGACUCAAGUUUGAUGCUUGCUUGUAAGGAGCUUGCCGCGAAGUGGACUUCUGGAGGACCAACUCCAACUGAUGGCUCGGAAUUCCUUAAAAUGUCCAAUUCGCAAAAACUCGCCGUUCUUGACACGAUUCGAGUGAAUCGCAAGACGUUCGGCGAUCAGAUGCCGUCGUUGACAUCGGUCUAUAAGCUCGAUGAGGCGAAGAAUGCCGAAUUGCGAUUCAGAUGGCUCAUGUUGGGUCUUGACACGAAAUGGGAGCCGAUUAUUGAAGCGAGUCUCGCGUUCGCUUUGAAUAUUGGACGAAUGAAGUACUGCAAACCGAUUUAUAAGGGUUUGUUUGAGUGGAGUUUGACUCGAAAUCGCGCGAUUGAGCAAUUCAAAGCAAAUAUCCCGAACAUGCACCCAAUUACGGUUCAUGCCAUCGAACGGCUUUUGAAAUAA